AUGGACUUUGCAAGUUUAUUGCUCAAUCCCGCUAUGUCUGAAAUCCCCGCCACGCCUCAUCCGACCUCGGUCAGUACCCACAAUUCUCAGAUUUCUCAUCAACUUUCGGCUCCUGAUGAUGAUGAAGAUUGGUCAAAGGUUUCUGAUCAAAGGGCCCGCAAGCGGAUACAAAAUCGCAUUGCUCAGAGGAAUUACAGAACAAACCUAAAACGACGAAUUGAAGAACUUGAACGACAAACUACAGUGGCGCAGGUGGGCACUAAGUCUAGUGUUGGUUUAGCUUUAGACGACAAUUUUCACUAUUACCACGACCUGCGUCACUUCGAUGGAAAUCAUAAACACUAUGCUACAUGCGCAUACCAGAAUCAACUGCCCCGUAAUAUUGGCUAUGGAGCGUCAUUGCACCAGCAGUCCAGAUGCGGUGACCCUCGCUCCCACAUCGAACAAGAGAUGUUAGAUUCCUUGUCCUCCCCUGAUCCAACGGCGACACACCCCCAGGCAAAAGCUAGGCAGCCAAAUCACCGCAAUCUAGAUCAUAUAAUUACGUAUUCUCCCGCGCUCUCAAACCGCACACACGGCAGUAUGCCCGUGAUGGCUAAUAAAUCAUUGAAUGGUAAUUCGAGUUCCCCUCGAGAUGUAGUAAAACAAUCUUCUUUUUCUACUAUGCUCAAUAGCUUGGGGGAAGACUUCGAUCGUAACACGUUAAUUGACGAGGCACAUACAUGGAACGAACCCUGUGGUGCAAGCUACCCACAUUUUUAUAGAGACACUGAAGAAAACCCGCUUGCUAGCCCACACGAGGAGAAUUUUCAAGAUGAUAUUGCCAUGUCAUAUAUAGAUUCGGCAAUAUUCCCAGUCGACGCGCCCCAGGAGAGGUAUCCUGAAAGAACGGCUUCUAAGCACCCGCGAUCUUGCAAAAUAUUCGGCGAAGAUACUGAAAAAUCAGUAGCUGAAACUAUGUCCUCAACACCAAAGGCUAUAAACCCCGAGCCCAAGGAAAGUACAGCAAAUAUGCCCUCUGUGCCUGUAGAGGGAGCAAGCUUCAAUGAAAGAUUGAACUUUCUAUUAGAGUGUUCGAGGAUCGUUGGAUUCACAGAUUUCGAUUCAGUAAUAUCAAGCUAUUACACUGCAGACUUCAGUGAUGAUUCAGUAGUAGCAAGCGUCCAAAGACUCAGCCGAAGACGAGGCUUACCGAAAGUUCUUGUUGCUCUGCGCGAGAACGCAGUAAAUUGGACACAAUGGGAGGCUCAAGGAUACCUCGAUGAGACUUUUAAAUCUGCAGAAGAUCUACUAGUAGCUGAGUGCACAAACAGAGAAGAAUGCGAUACAAUUAUUGGCAUUUUGGCAGGAAAUUCACCGUUGGCCAAUGGCCACAUUGCUCCUGUCGAAGUUUCCGCAGCACAAGCCCAAAAGAAAUUCCAGGUAAUGCUUCCAAAUCUGUGGUCGCUGGUGUCAGCUCUCACUACAGAUGUGGCAGCUGUGCAUUCACAAAACCGCUCCCAUGUCAUACUUGCCAUCGUAUCGCUACUCUAUCUCUCCAAAAAAGCUUCGGCAAAGCAUCUUCGACUCUGGAUUGGUACUUGCCUGAACACUGGUGAAAAGAGUGACUGA